AUGGGGGCAGCCCCUCUCUGGCGUGUGCCACCUCGCACCCCGUCCCUCACAACGCACUUUGUCUCCCCCCAGGCCCUGGACGAAGCCGCCCUGACAGCGCUGGCGGAGACCCUGAAGCAGCACAGCAUCGAUCACGAAGUAUGGACUGAGCAGCCCGAGAACGUGGCCAUCUCCCUGGCGCUCAGGCCCUACCCCAAGGACCAAGUGCACCAGCACCUGAGGAAGUUUAAAUUGCUGAAGUGA